GGCAACCCAACACCACCUGGCCAUCCCCAGCAGGCCCCUGUCCCUCCCCACCGGGCCCGUCGUCUGCAGGAACGAGAGUGGAAAAAGUGCAGGUGAAGUGAUGUUGCGCUUCACGUAUUCCCUCAGAGCGGUCCUACCCACUUUGCUGCCCAAGAAUGCACCCAAGAGAGUACACCACCGCUACAUCUCGGCCUUGGUAUUGAGUGGCAAGAGAAAAGGCAGAUCGCAAGGAGUACCAGUGGAGGCUUACAAGCCGACAGCAUGGAGACUUGCUUCUCCAGUCUUCAGAGGAUAUGCAUCAGAUGCUGACCUUCCACCUCAUAUCAAGGUCAACCUUCCAGCCCUCUCUCCUACUAUGGAAAUGGGUACCAUAAUAUCUUGGGAAAAGAAAGAAGGAGAUGUUUUAAAUGAAGGUGAUCUGUUGGCUGAGAUUGAAACAGACAAAGCCACCAUGGGGAUGGAGACACCUGAAGAGGGAGUUCUGGCCAAAAUUUUGGUUCCUGCUGGUGAAAAAGAUGUGCCUCUUGGCAAGCUGUUGUGCAUCAUUGUGAGUGAUGAGAAGGAUGUAGCUGCUUUCAAGGAUUACAAGGCACCAGAGGGACCCAGUGCUGCUGCUGCUGCACCACCACCACCCCCACCACCAACACCUGCUCCUGCUGCUCCUGCUGCUGCACUGCCACCACCACCUGUUGCUGCUGCACCACCACCACCACUUCCUGCUGCAUCACCCACUGCCCCAGGAGGUCUUGUCUUUGCCUCUCCUUAUGCAAAGAAGAUUGCUGGUGAACAAAAUGUUGACUUAUUGAGUGUGGCACAGCUGUCUGGUAUGGGACACAGCACAGCAGACUGGCUUCGUGCUGCUGACAUUGAGAAGUUUGCAUCCCAGGCUGCUGGCAUUGGUGCUCAACAGGUUGGAUCCAUGCCGGCAGAACAAGCUGGCUAUACCGACAUACCAAUCUCCAACAUACGUAAUGUCAUAGCCAAGAGGCUCUGCAUGUCCAAGCAGACCAUCCCACACUACUACUUGAGCAUAGAUGUCUGUAUGGAUGCUGUUGCCCAGCUGAGACAAGAGUUCAACCAGCUGCUUGACCAAGAGGGUGUGCGGCUCUCCUUCAAUGAUUUCAUCAUCAAGGCCUCAGCUCUGGCCUGCCGCAAAGUGCCUGAAGCCAACUCUUCGUGGAUGGACACUGUGAUCAGACAUUUUGAUAAUGUGGACGUAAGUGUAGCCGUCAGUACUGAUCGGGGACUUAUUACCCCCAUCAUAUUCCGAGCUGAACAGAAGGGCCUGGCCACCAUCUCUGCUGACAUGAAGAAUCUUGCUGCUCGUGCCAGAGAAGGAAAGCUACAGCCACAUGAAUUUCAGGGAGGCACCUUCUCUGUGUCCAACCUUGGCAUGAUGGGAGUGAAAAACUUCAGUGCCAUCAUUAAUCCACCUCAAUCUUGCAUUCUAGCAGUAGGAGGCACAGAGCGACGGCUUGUAGUAGAUGAAGAGAUGGAGAAAGGGUUCCGUGUGGCCCAGGUGAUGACAGUAACACUAAGUUGUGAUCACCGGACUGUGGAUGGGGCAGUGGGAGCUCAGUGGCUGGCUGCCUUCAAGAGAUUCCUUGAGCAUCCAUCCACUAUGAUAUUGUAACUAUGAAGAUGUACAAUGUGUGGCCAAACAGGCAGAGAUAUCAAGAAACAUUAGGGUCAUGAUAGGAUUGGAGGUUGUGCACAAUUCAGUCUCCUGCUCAUGCUCAUAUGAAUCCCCAUGCAUGCAUGGUGCACAUGGGCACACACACACACACACACACACACACACACACACACACACACACACACACACACACACACACACACACACACACACACACACACACUUUCUUUAUUUUUUCUUUAUUUUUCUUUUUCUUUAUUUGUUUUUAUUAAUGUUUUCUAUACAUUAUCAUUUACAUGUGAACUCAACUUGAAUGUCAGGAAAUUAGAUGCAUUUACCCUGUGAGAUUUUUUACUUGGAGAAUAAUCUGGGUGAGCUGGAGUUAGAGGCCAUUAAUACCACUGAAGUCUUGCACAUGUUGCAUUACUAUGUUUAAGAUUUUCUUGUUAUCUAUUUCUACAAGCACAUAUAUAUUACUGUCUGUCUGUAUUUUGUUUCUGGCCUAUACAAGACAUGGUGAUAGUACACAGGCUUCUUUUAAUUUGAGAGAUUUAUUUUCAAACUCCCAAUCUUUUUAAAGUAUUGAACUAUUUUAUGUGAGAAUUCAGGAAAACACAGCAGGCAAAGGUUGAGCUUGAGGAAUCAAUCACCUUAUGUAAAUACUCCUAAAACCUUCCUUUCCUUUAUCACUGACAGAGUUCCACGCUUUCUUUACCAUAGCUGUAUUUAUGGAGAUUCUGAAGUAGAAUAUUUUAAUACCAUUACUGCAGAUAGAUACCAUUAGUGUAUGAUGCAAGGAAAAUAUUGGUCUCAUUAAUUUAAUAUUUUGUAGCAGAGGGACAUGGCUUGGCCACACACUGGUAG